GGCGGACCGCUUUAAGCCACAACGGGAAACUGACUUCUGGAUGUAUUUCUUUUACAAAUAAAUCCCUUUUUUGUUAGUUUUUUUAAAUCUGAAGUAUAGAUUAAUGUUACAAUGUUAAAACUAACUUUUGAGCCACUAUAUCUGAGUUUUUCGGUUGUUCUGGCGGGUGUAGAAAAGAAACCGUUACGAGGGCGGAACCUUUGAGCUCCAGGUCCUGUGGAGCGUGCCGUUGUGUUCAAGGACCAGCUGAUCGCUGUUGACAAAGAUCAUGAGCAAAGACUACCAAAUGAGGGCGGCGAUCAACCAGAAGCUGAUAGAAAUGGGAGAACGGGAGCGGUUGAAGGAACUGCUCAGGGCCAAGCUGGUGGAGUGUGGAUGGAAGGACCAGCUCAAGGCGCAAUGCAAAGACGUGAUCAGAGAAAAGGGCCUGGAGCACGUCACGGUGGAGGACCUGGUCACAGACGUCACGCCGAAGGGCAGAGCGUUGGUGCCAGACAGCGUGAAGAAGGAGCUUCUGCAGAGGAUCCGCUCCUUCCUGGCGCAGCACGCCGCUCUCUGACCCGCCAUGCCGCUUCUCCCCGUCGUUUUCUCGCUGUUUCACUUUGUUUUUGGAAUAAAAGUUCUUGAUGGAUGUCAUCGCUGCUUUGUGUCUGUUCACCGAUUAGGGCUUUGUUUCCGAAAAUAGCCCGGCUGGAAUGGCAGAAAUGCCUUUGUGCGUCCGUCACGCGCGCCGACGCGGCUCCGGUUACGUUUGGUGUCACGCUGCAGACGUUUGGAUAAUUGCUGCCGUGAUUGUUCACCUUUUUUUUUGUUUCUACCUCAAAGAAACAGCAUCUUCCUGGUGGAAAACCCCGCUUCCAGACGUCACUCCCGGCCAGAUUCUGGCUUUUGGGGUCACAGUUGAGGCUAAAACUGGAGCCCAGGUGUCCCACUGGUUGACAGCUCCCACUUUUCUUUUUUUUUGUUUUUGAAGGUUUCUUCUGUUUUCCAGAGAAAAAAGCUGAGUCAGACGUGCUCGUCUUCCGUGCAGCGAACCAGCCAAGCAGCAUUUCUGCUUUUGUUGACAGUUUUGGACGAGAUGUUCAGACCUUCUGACGGGCUUUGUGUUCUCGUCUGUGACGGCUGUCAUCGAUUCCCCCUGUACAUCAGUCAUACUCUGAAAAAAGGUCUGAGGAAGUCUGAGGUUUCAGACAGAAAUUAUCACAUUCAGUUUAAAGUUGCAAGUAAUUCCCUUUUUUUGGUCUCUCCCUCGUGCUUUUCAGUAAUAUGGCAACUUUUAAUAGCUCUGGAUGCAGGCCACAGCCUGUUUCUUCCGUUUUUACACAAAUAAAUGCUGAUUUAGUCAUGAAAUGCCUGGUUUCCUCUUUUCUGUGUCAAUGUUGAGGGAACCGACAGGGACAUGACAUCAGC